GGCCCGCUGCGCCGUGGGACCGCGGCCGUUCCUCCCGCACCGGGAGCUGUAAUGCCGGGAGGCGAGAACGGUUUGGUAGAUGGAGCGAAGAAAACGCACCCUAAGCACACUUUGAGUUAAAAAUGGAGAACUCCUUUGUGGAAGAAGUGGCUGCAUCACUCAUCAGAGAAUUUCUCAGUAGAAAGGGUUUGAAGAAAACCAUAACCACCAUGGACCAAGAGCUUCCACGUUCUGAACAUAGCAUCAAUAACAGGAAUGAACUUCGGAAUGUCCUGCAUCUGCACUCCUUGUACAAACACAACAAGGCAAAGGAAAACCCACUGAAAACACUUCUUGAAAUUAUUACUAACUACUUCCUUGAGCACCGUGGGACUUCCCGAAGCAUCAGUUCAAGUUCUGCUUUGUCAGCCCCUCAAAGUAAGAGCGUAACAUCUUACCAGCCGAACUUACCAGAUGAGGAUCACGUGUGUGGGAGUGCCUCUACACUCGAUGAAAGCAGAACUCAACCCCACAGAUAUAAUGUUGAGAAUUCACUAGAUAAAAUCUUUCCAUCCAGAAAACAUCAACACAAAAGUGAAAAAUGCCACACAGGGGCAGUACACAACACUCAGUUACUCUCUGAUGGGGAUAAGAAGUUACAAGAUAGUCGAGAAGAUUUAAAAGCAGCAACGGUUUCCGAGGAGCUGAAAUCCACAGUGAAGGAGAAGCCAAGGCCCAGGUCUAGUCUCAUUGUCAGAGGAAUGAUGGCUGGACCAGUAGCAAGUUCACCUGAGGAUCUGCAAAAAAGGAGGCUUUCAAAACGAUCCACUAGCAUAAGCAGCACAGUACAGUUCAAGGCUGAAGAACAUGAAGGAAGUGACCUGAAUGUCCCACAUACUGAUUUUCAAGAAAGCAAAGGAUCUUCAGCACAAGUAAAUACGGGGUUCACAUCAAAGACUAUGUCAGGUUUACACACAAGUUCAGCCUUUGAAAAACUAAGAACCAUCCCCAAAGAUACAGAUGACUCUUUUGCCAAACUGCUGACUGAAAGAGAGAGGACCAAGACAGAAGAAAGGAAAUCACUUCCAAGCCUUGGUACAGAUAGCAAUGAGAAAAGCCUUAAAGUGAGUGCACCUCACAGACAUUCAGGGGCUGGAAGAGAGAAGAGAGAAAGAUCCUGCAAGAAAAAUGAGAGUUGGUUGUCAGGCCAUAGGAGGUCUCCAGGAUCUACUUGCUAUAAAGAAGACCAGAUGAAAGAUGUCCUAGAAUUAGUUGAUGUUGAGGCUGAAGAAACAACUGGAGAAGUUAUUAAAAACUCGGAUCUUUCAACACUGUAUAUGCUCCAAGUAGUAUCAAAGGCAAUUGAUAUUUCUCUCGCAAAAGAGUUAAAAAAUCUUCUGUUUGGCUCUAGUCUUUGUUGCUUCAGUGAAGAAUGGAAAAUACAGAAUUUUACAUUUAAUAACAUACCACAGUUAAAAUACGGCAUUGUGCAAAAAAAGGGUGGCCCAUGUGGAGUACUGGCUGCAGUUCAAGCUUGUGUCCUACAACGGCUUAUUUUUGCAGACAGUAAUAGGAAUAAAGACAUUCGCUGUCUUCAACCUUCAGAAGCUCACAGGACUAAAUGCCUCACCAUGGCAAUUGCAGACAUAUUGUGGCGUGCAGGAAGCAAUGAAAAAGCGAUUGUAGCACUGCCAUCAGGAAGACAGCAGUUCAUUCCCAUAGGAAAAUACAAGGCAGAUGGAAUCUUAGAAACUCUAAUUCUGCAUAGUGCCACAAGAUAUGAGGAUCUGGUUGUUUUUCUUCAGCAGAAUAUUCACCAGUUUGAAACUGGUCCCUGUGGGUGCAUCCUUCUGACUGUGUCUGUCAUCUUAUCAAGAUCUAUCAAUCUGGUGCGCAAUGAUUUUGAUGUUCUUACAAACCGGUUGAUUGGAAGCCAUGGCUAUUGUACUCAGGAACUGGUGAACUUGCUUUUGACUGGCAAAGCUGUGUCCAAUGUUUUCAACAAUGUGAUAGAGCUGGACUCUGGAAAUGGCAAUAUCACAAUUUUGAAAGGUAUCACAAGCCGCAGUGAUAUUGGUUUGCUGUCACUCUUUGAGCACUAUGAUGUUUGUCAGGUUGGUUGUUACUUGAAGAACCCUAAAUACCCAAUUUGGUUGGUAUGCAGUGAAAGCCACUUCAGUGUGCUUUUUUGUUUGGAAAAGGAUUUAUUAGGUGACUGGAAAACAGAGCGGAAAUUUGAUUUAUAUUAUUAUGAUGGCUUGGCCAACCAGGAAGAAGAAAUACGGUUAACAGUUGACACAACUCAGAUGUGUGUUGAAGAUAAAGAAAAUGAUCUUACUCCUCCACUUGAGCACUGCAUUAGGACAAAGUGGCAAGGAGCUGUUAUUGACUGGAAUGGCACAGAACCAAUCUUGUGACUGACCUGACCUGCACUUCAUUUGAAAAGACAGAAAGGAAAUGACUGAAUUAGCACAUACCUACAGGAAAUAGGACAAGACUUGUGCAGUUUAAGAUGAGGAAGAAUGACAUGGUCUGAAGGCUGGAAGAGUUUCACCUCAGUCACCUCAUGCUUCAGAUAUUUUCUUAUAAUAUAAACAACACUUACGUAAAUUCCUUGUCACUGUCUUUAACAUACAGCUUCUGAGAGCAGGCUGUUUCCACCACAAAGUCAAGGUUACAGAUGAAGCAGUGAAGUCAAUGUCCCCUUGAGGUCUCUUUCUGGAUCUACUCUGUAUCCUGCAAUUGUUUCAAAACAUCUGAUGGAAGAUGCUGAACCCAGAUUUCUGUCAAUGUAUAUGCCUUCUCACCUACAAAACUCCAGUGCAAGUACAAAGUAUCCAAGAAACAUGUACUCACUUCUUUACCUGAUAGUAUAAGUCUCCUUUUGCACUGAACACAUUGAUAACCAUAUGGGCUUUUCAGAUAAAGCCUGACCUAUACAAAGUUCUUGUUGUGUCGUAAAAUUUGCAGUAAGGAUUAUGGUUUUGUGUUUCCAGAAUAGUAACACUAUUACAUUCCUUACACUGUGUACAAUUGGUGUGUAACAGUGCCUCACACUGAUAUAGCUUAUUUUUCUUUCUUGAUGAGAGAUAGCUGUAUCAGUAUCUUUAUAUUUAUACCAUUGUAACUACUUUAUACACCAGGUUUUAUUUACACCAAAUAGAAAAGAUCUGUGGUUUGUUUCUUCCUAAGUACAAAAAAACCCAGAAGAGCUGUUGGGUUUGAAACUUAAAUGGUGCCUACCUGUGAUAAAUACCAUUUUUCAUUAUUAAAUAAAGUGCAUGUACUGAAAUGAUGUACUGUGGAGAUGUAUCACAAGGUACUGAAUCAGUGGUUUGUAUUCUGAGUUGAAUUCUUUAAGCAACAUAUUUUGGCAACACUUUGCCAAAAUUGGAACAAGUUACUGAACUGAAAACUGGAAAAUAUGCCUUGGAAAAAUAGGGAGAUAGAUGAUGUUUCUAGAAUUAUUCCUCUCUCUUGAGAGUCAAUAUUUCACGAGAGCUUCAUAAAGAACUUUUGCUUUCAGAUUUAUAUGAUAGCACCUUCUUUUUAGUAAAAAUGCAGACUCCUCUGAGACCUGAUUAACUAGUUGCUCUUCCUAAAAUCAGUUUCCAAUAAAAAUGCAAUGUCCUGCUGUGUGCAGUGUGGAAAUACCAAACUGACUUUGCAAAUACAGAUCUUGGAGAAUUAGCAUUUGAGCUACAUUUGGAAACCAACCUGAAUGUAAGCCAUAACGGAAUACCGGAAAGGUUUAGGUAGCCUUUGAAAGAAUACUGGUCUUCCCCUUGGCUUACCAUUCAUAUCAAACUGCUUAUAUGCAGUAAAGCACCUCAGACUUUCAGUUAUUUUAGUUGUAUUUAAUUCAGUGUAAUGUAAUCAUAGAAUCAUAGAAUAGUUAGGGUUGGAAAGAACCUUAAGGUCAUCUAGUUCCAACCCCCCUGCCACGGGCAGGGACACCUCACACUAAACCAUAUCGCCCCAGGCUUCAUCCAACCUGGCAUUGAACACUGCCAGGGGUAGGCAAACUUUAAAUUUUGUGGAAUUAAGAUCUGCCAUUCAGCCUUUGCAGCAUAUGCAGGGUUGGAUCUGAGCUCAUUCUUGACUGUACUACACGGGUGUUACUUUGCAUUUAGUAAACCCUUUCAUCUUUGUAUAUAUAGGGAUAUAUUUGUACUGUCAGCUAUAGGUGGACUCAAUACUGCCUUUAAGAUACACUCAUCAUCCAUACUUCAAGCUGUCUUUUAUCAGGGAGAGCUUGCCUCAGUGCAAGCUUCAAUGUUUCUGGGAGUGAAAAUUCCAAACAGUCAAAGAUCCCAAAUCCAAAGCCUUUGUUGCUCUUGAAAUUUCUAUGAACUGUAGUCCACACUUUAGUGUGAUUUUCUCACCUACCUCACAGGGCAUCUAUAAUGUAAAAUAAGAUCUUUUAAAGAGUGCAUUUGGACAAGAAAUAGUGUAGAGAUGAAUAAUGGAAGAAAAUUUAUGGAACCAGCUUUAACAAAAAAUUCCUUUCUGAAUUUUCCAGUCUAGUAAACCUACUCCAUUUAAUUUAAAACAUUGCUUUAAACUAUGUCAGUUUGGAGAUAAUGUUCCACUCCCUGAUAGAAGAUAAGUAUUCAUCUGGGGAACGAGGGAGCUGCCUUGUGACAGGCCAGAUUUCAUCUCACUGAAAUAUGUCUACAGAGCAGUUGUGUUCAGAGUAGCUAUUCUGUGUUCAUAGGAGGGGAGAUAUCAGGGGGUGAUGUAUCUUUUCUUUAGGAUAAGAGCUAUAGUUCGGACUGUAUGAUGAUGAGUAUAAAGAGAGCCCAAGAGGACUGCUCCAAAUGGAUUUCACCCAUGAAGAUGUAAGGAUUUUUCAGAGUACAGAAAGAGUGAUUAGUGAAUAGAGCUUGGAAAUAAAUUGUGGUUUAUGGAUAAUCCUAGAGGAUAAAUAAAGAUGAGGGGAAGCCCUGAACUCUAUCCCUCUUUCUAAGUGUGCAAAGAAUUCAGAGGCUCCUUCAUUACUGGUUAUGGAGAGAUUUUUUGUGAAACUUAAUUUCUGUGACAACAGAACCUCAGUGAGACAGAUCUUUUCUUGCCUGUUGUCUGUCAGUGUGUCCAUGUAUAUUUGUUCUACAAAGUCCACCUGUCAUCUAUUUAAGAUGAGCUAACUCCUUAUUCACCUGUGUCCUCACUCACAAAGGAAGAAAUAAAGCACUUGGACUACUUCACCAAACUACCACCUGUGUAGGAAAAGUCCACCAAGCUAGAGCACUGAGAACCUCGUCACUGCUAAGCUUCUUCCACCAUCCUUGCUUCUGGAGCCUAAAACCGGUAUCUUCCUUCACCAGGGUUCAGUGCCAGUGUCUGUACUAGGCAAGAGAGAUGGCUUUUCAGAUUUACCAGAGCAUCCUUCUAUAAUGAAGAAAUGUGCAGCCAGAACAUUAAUUUAGACCAAGUUCUUCUCAGAAAUAUAAUAGAGCAUUACCUCAGUCACUGUCUGCCUCAAGAAUAAGACUUGCAUAUUUGUAUUCAGUAUAAAGCACCAGAAGUUAUUUCCCUUAAGACAUUUACAGGGCUUUUUUGGGUCAAUCAUACAAGUCAAUGCAAUAUGUUAUGUGGCAAUGCAGAAACCUUUGCACAAAUCCGUGUAGAAUCAUAUCCUGUUCCAGCAGUAUACAUCUAUUUUCUUUAAUUAUGUUUUCCUAUGCAUUGUUUCUCAUUUUCUUUUUCAUUGCCCAAUGAACGUGACUUCCUGAAAUGAACAAAACAGCAACUGUUUGACAACUGAGCAUUAAAAGACACUGAUGACAUUGACACUUGAUCUGCACAAUGUGAUUUCAUUCUCUUCUGUUGCAUAAAGAAAUACACCCUUUGCUGAAAAUUGACCCCUUAGGUAACAACAGACAUGACAUAUUGUGUAUGUAGAUAAAUAUGUGAACAGAGGUACUAUUUUGGUAAGGUGUCAUGAACAAAAUGUAUAUUUAAUAUUGUCUUGUACAGAAUGUCCCAUACAAAUAAAACAGUUAAAGCAAUGGUAAU